UUAAAUGCAGGGAAAGUUGUAAUUUGUCCAUAACUACUGUUCUUUACUUUGCUGUCCAGCAUAAAACAUCACAACUUGAGCAAUUAUUAAGCAUCAGUUUUUUAGCUUGAGCAUCCGAAAAGAUACACUGAAUUAAAAGAGUUUGAUGACAUGAUUAGGACUUCAACACAAUAGACAGCCUACAUAAGAUAUAGACCCUAUUUUAAUUUAUAUUUUUUAAAAAACAUUAUGCCAAAAGUCAGCCAGUUGCAUGACUCAUAAAAUAUUCAAGUGAGAACUACAUCAAGGGGAAUAAUAAAUUAAGCCUUGACAUUAUUUGGUAGUACAAAGAUGGAGAAAGCCUAGGACCCCACGAACUCGUUCUUUGACCCAAACUUUGGUCAAUGGUCAUACUAUAUAGGAAAGAUUGCUUUGCUUGAAUUAAAUAAUCCGGUGAUGGUUUUUCUGGACUUGGUGCCCCCACCCCCUUGCUAAUAAAAAUAUAUACCAAAGCUGGUUUUCCAAAGUGCUGGUUUUCAAAAACUUGCAACUGUUGUUUUGACGUAGCCUUGCUAAGCCACUUCUAUAAAUUGAGUGCUGCAUUAUCAUAAAUCUCAAACAAAUUACUUGUGAACUUUCCUUCAUUGUAUUCAUUCAUCCAUAAAAGAAAGGAAUCUGUUCAAACUAAUGUCUCCGGCAAUCUCGCUACAAUCAGAAAAGAAGAUGAGAGACAGCCAAUCAGAAAACCAAUACCAGAAAGGUGUGAGGCAUCUCCAUGAGAAUGGAAUCAAGAAAGUUCCAAACAAGUACAUCUUUCCCAUCCCAGACCGUCCAAACAUGAGAAAAGAAUCACAUAUUCAGGAAACAAACAUCAAACUUCCAGUCAUAGACUUUGCUGAACUACAAGGACCUAACCGGUCUCAAGUGCUCAAAUCCCUUACUAAUGCUUGUGAACGAUAUGGUUUCUUUCAGGUAGUAAAUCAUGGCAUUCCCACAGAUUCUAUUAGCAGUAUGACUGAUGUAUGCAAAAGAUUUUUUGAGCUCCCAUUCGAGGAACGACACAAGUACAUGUCCACAGAUAUGAAAGCACCAGUCCGAUAUGGAACAAGCUUUAAUCAGAACAAAGACGGAAACUACUGUUGGAGAGACUUUCUGAAGCUUGUUUGCCACCCCGUACCAGAUGUCUUUUCACUCUGGCCCUCUUCACCAGAAGACCUGAGGGAUCAGGCAGCUGCUUACUCAACGCAAACUAGAAACCUGUUUUUGAUGCUAAUGAGGGCCAUCCUAGAGAGCCUUGGACUGUGGAAUGCAGAAAUGAAUAUAGCAGAACAAAAUGAAGUUUUGCAAGAAUUUCAAGAGGGGAGCCAGAUGAUGGUGGCAAAUUGCUAUCCACCGUGCCCAGAACCUGAACUCACACUGGGGAUGCCACCACAUUCAGACUAUGGCUUCCUAACCCUUCUUCUCCAGGAUGAAGUCAAGGGUUUACAAAUACAGUUUGAAGAAAAAUGGUUGACAGUUGAUCCGAUCCCAAAUGCUUUUGUUGUAAAUAUUGGUAAUCAUCUAGAGAUAUUUAGCAAUGGAAAGUAUAGGAGUGUGCUACACAGAGUACUAGUGAAUCAAGAGAAAACACGUGUAAUUGUAGCAUCUCUUCACAGUCUUCCUUUCGAGCGUGUUAUUCAACCUUCACCCAAACUUAUUAACAAAAAUAAUCCAAGGCGUUACAAGGACACAGAUUUUGCCACUUUCCUUGAGUAUGUUUCAUCAUGUGAACCAAAGAAGAAGGCUUUUCUAGAGUCCAGAAAACUCGAUUGAAAUGCAGAAAAAUAUGCAUGUCAAGACUGUCAACCAAGGAACCGUUUAGAAAUUCCUGUACAUGAUAAAUAUAGAAUAUGCCUAACUAUUAUCAAUUUUUUCAUCUCAGUGAUCAAGGAAAAUUGUAUUUAGAACAGUCCAAGCAAAGCAAUUACAACAAGUUAACUAAAUUAUUUUUGGAACUAAGAAUAUCACAUUACUAAUUGUUUCUCAA